AUGUCCAACUCGCACGCCGCCGAGCCGGGCACUGAGCGCACACUGCGGUCCAGCACGCGAACAAACCCGCGCCGUCGCCAGCGACAAAGCGACAACGAUACCCUCCCCACGAAGGCGCCCAAGCGCAGACGGCGAAAUAAAGUUGAAGAGGAAACCUUCGAGGCCAGAGACUCCACCGAAGAUGCAUCGACACAGUCCCAGACGCAGCCUGCGCCGGAACACAACAUCGCCCUCACGAACGGACACAUCCACCCCACGGCGGAGAAGCAUAGCGUCAAAGGCACACCGACGCUCGAUGGCACGAUGACCAUCCGGGGACGAGUGAAGAGGGCAUUGCGCGGCGACAACGCGACGGUUCUGGCUCACAACCAGUGCUACACCGUCAAGUUGCUGCCCAGCACCCCGAAAGAGCUGCGAAAAGAGGGCGUAGAGUAUCGCGGGUCGCUGGGGCCACAUCAUCUUGCGCUCGCUGUCACGCGUCAGAAGGCGCUGAUAUGGGAGUGCAAUGCGCAUACUGCGGCGAGCAAUCCGAGGACGUUUGAUGUGCCUUUUGCUUCGAAGGCUGGAGAACCGCUGCCUUUUGGUGCGCUCAUAUCGAAUAAUGUUGGCUCUACGGAUUAUGGGUUGCUGCUCAUCUCUGCUGCUACUGGCGCUGUUGUCUUUUACGAGUCGAUAGACCGCGCAGCAUCUCUGGGUGUAUUCCAAGGCCGCAAAGCUGGCGUCGAGGGUUCCAUUGGCAACCUCUUCUCUGGCGAGACAGUAGCAGAGCUUGUGUCGGCCGCCCACGCAGGCUUCGUGGUCGUUCUGAGCUCUGGACGACUGGCGCAGCUUACCCUGCGCGAUUCACAAGGCAAGCCCAAGAUCUGGAGUCAGUUUCUCAGAGUGACGGAGCCCAACUCCGGCGGACUAUUCGGCAGUUUCUCGAGUUUCUGGAAUGGCGGCUUUAGGAAAGACGUCACUGCGGUACACACGAGACCUCUGAACGCGCGCGGGCAAAUGCAGGCAAUUACUUUGACUGAGAGAGGCGAGGUGCUUAUUUGGGAUCUGGAGUGGUCUGGACGAGCCGAUUUCAAGGCCAGCAUACAGUUUGACGAGGUCCUUUCGAAUGAGCUUAAGCAAGUUCCUGCGCCGGAGAUUGCAGGCAUGGCGGACAAGUUGACAACUCUCGACUUUGCGAUACUCGACAAGCCGGACAGUAAUGAGGUCGCGACUGUGGGCGCAGAGCAGCCCUUGUCGAUUGCUGUUCUUGUACGAGUCGGGACGCACGAUAUGCACAAUUACGUGCUCGCUGAACUGUCUCUGUUGGAGGACCGGGUAUUGGUAGGGCGAGUCACGCAGCUAUCGGGUUAUGAGGGCAGAGGCGAUGUUCGAUACCAGGCAAAGCCCAGACUCGUCUUACCCAAGCCAGGCCACACAGUGUACGUUACAUUCGAGGAUGCGACAAUUCUCGUGGAUGCGCGAGAUUCAGCCAGCGACAACCCAGAUGCCCAGUUACAUGAGGAAUCUUAUAUUGAACCGGACGUAUACGAGGAGACUAUUUACCUACGACAGGACAAGGACCUGGCCAUGCAGGGCGUAUUUGAAGAGGAGGCGAAGAGCAAUCAGUCGUCUUGCCUGGCUUUCAUCAAGAGUGCUGGACUUGUGCGCAUUUCCGCCACCGAUGUGCGAACCAUACCGGAAGGCUGGAAGAUUCCUGCUAAGAGCAGGAUCGAACAAGGUGUCUUCUAUGGGUCGUUACAAGUGGACAACAUUCUCGACUUCUCCCGGAGGAAACCCUCGAGGUUUACCGUUGAUGAGGUCGCCAGGGCUGCGUUGGUCGUCAGCGAGGAGAUCCUGAACGCGGAGACGUCUUUCACGAACUUCAUUUCUCCUUCGCCUACUUCCAUGGAGCAGCAUUUAGCGACGAAGGCGAAGGCUCUUCGGGCCCUUGUUACUUUUGUGAGGCAGAACUACCCAGCAUUAUCGAGAAGUACCAUGUGGCAAUUACUCUGGAACGCUGAGCGAGUGGCUAUCGGACAGCAGCUCUGGAUCGCAUUCGAAGAGCAUGUCGCCAUGUCGAGUGAUAAGGGCAAGAGGAAAGCAACGCUUCUGGACGAGAUGUGCAGUUGGUUCGAGGAAGAUCAGAAACACAACAGCUUCGUUACCCGGCCAGAGCUCAAGGACGAGGAACCGGUGCGCAAAUUCUUCAUUGCUGGACUCCACCGACUGGAACAGCUGCUAAGUAAUGUGAGAGUGUACCUGAAGUCGUUGGAGGACGACGAUAACAACUUGUCGUCAAAGGUCAUUCUGCGGCUCGUUGUGCAGGCCAACGACGUCUGGCUCAAGACUUUCGAAACGGCGUUCGCAUUCCGCGCGGAACACUGCUCCGACUAUGGCAUUCUGUCUGAGCUCAUCGAGGACGGAAUCUUGAUCGACUCCGCAGAAUAUGCGGACAUUCCUGAAUUCUGGACUUCCACCAAGCCUCUCAUUGAUCAGACAGCACUUAUCGCAAGCCUUUCUCGACACUUUGCCAACAAGUUUUACGAAAACAACGGCGAAGGCUCGGAACCGGACAAUCUCCUGCAGGAACUCGCGGAGAAUAAUCCACGCUUGGUGCAAGUCUACUGUUCCCAGUUUCAAGAGUGUAUCAAUUGGCGAAUGUCACGGCCCUCGCAGAAGGACCAGCAGUUGGCGACUAGAUUGCAAGCUGAGUACGAGCAAGGUCGUUAUGAACAAUGUCGGCAGGUUGCCGAGGUGGGCCAGGCGGAACGUGGUAUGGAGAUCGCAGAGAAGUAUCGCGACAUGAACACCCUCACGGACAUGAUCAUCGCAGAGGAUCAAUUCCUCGAGGAAGAACAACACGCGAGGUCAGACCCGGCAGGUGUGGCAAUCAUCGUCAACACCCGCGCUGUCCUAGGAGGCAAGGUCCGUCGAUAUUUCGAACGCUAUGGGACGCUCUGGGCGGAUGCUUUCUUCGACAAACUCUUCUCCAGCGUUCACGUUGGUCGGAAGCUGGAGGUUGCCCAAGAGAAGUGGGGUCCUGCCCUGAAGAAGUAUCUGAGGUCACACCCGGAUAGAGCGAAGAUUUGCUGGAUCAACGACGUGACUAAGGAGAACGACUAUGCUCAUGCUUCCAAGGCCCUGGCGCAGGCUGCGAACGACUACGAGAGCCGAUUGUGGGCGAAGAAGGUUGAGCUGUCUAUGUCGACGCUUGCUUUGUUGGCUGCUGAAGAAGCUGACGGCCGUUCUGAAGCGACCAAGCUUUCGAGAGAUCUUCCCGUGAACGAUCCCCGGAGGAGCCUCGUCGUGAUCGAUAUUCAGUCGCGAAUCUACGAACACAUGUCGCAGACCAUCAUACACUCGCUCGAUCCGCCGUCCAUCAUCGAGAACUGCAUGUCAGCGUACGGGAAACACGUCGCAGAUCAUCCUGCCCUGCGAAGGCUUCUGGAGAGCAAUAUCAGAAUUCUGUGCGAUCAUGCGGUGCUGGAAGCGGAACAGCUCAUCGACACUCUGACUCUGAUCGACCUGGAGCAAGACUUCUCUCACGAGGGCAAUCUGCAGGGGACGGAGUUUGUUCAGGCACUCACAGUUCUGGAAAUGUCUGCUGCGAGGUUGACGACCGAACGCUUCGAGACUCUGUUGAAGAUGAUCUGGAAGCGCUGCUACGUCUACGAUGACUGGGCCACCCAAGUUAGCCUCUCCGGCAAGAAGUCGGAUCAAGAACGCAAGGCGGCGAUCCGAGCCACGGCGACGUGGAUCACACUGUACCACUUCGCCAAGUCGGAACUGCUGACCACAUCGAACGCGAUCCGCAUCCUCACGCCGAGCGAGUGCCUCGGCGCUGGCUGCUCGCCCCAGGAUCUGUCGUACCGCUUCGCGGAUGAAGAAUUUCUCGACGGUCUCCUACACGACUUCAAGAUCCAAGACGAGCAGCUGCAGUUGUUCGUCCAGGACCGAAACCUAGACGAGAUCGCCCAGGAGUGUCGACGCGACGCGGAGGCUUAUGUGGCGGAGGAGAAACUGCGAGAGCAGGGCAACAAGCGGGAGAAGAAGCCUUACUGGUACCAUGGCUCUGGCUUCGUGCUGGAUGGGUUCGAUAUGAAUGGGAAGGCUGUUUCGGUUGCGUAUGGGAAUCAUUUGGAUCUUGAAGAUGCUGAUGACGAUGAGGAAAGUGAGGAUGAGGAUGGGGAUACGGAGAUGGGGGAGUAUGGGGAGGAUGGGGAGGUUGAGGAUGUUGAGGAAAUGGAAGCGUAG